AUGGUGAAAGACAGAGACACCGUGAUCAGGGAAUUCAAUGACCUGGUCAAUAUGAGCCCAAAUGAACUGCGUGAUUGGCUCAAAGAGGAGCAGUCGACUUCAUCGGGAUGGACUAACGAUUCAGGGGAGACCAUUGGCCAUGAAAGUGGUCGGAAGAUUGUACAAAUCCUUGAACACAACCCCGACGAGGAUCCAUCCGGUUACUCGGAUUCAGAGAUCGACCAUAUGCGACGUGUGGUUUCCUACUGCAAACGCCACCUAGCCCAGGAGGAAGGCGUGAAACACAACCCCGAUAGCAAAAGCUAUCGGUCCCUCAAGAACUGGGGACAUGAUGCGUUGAAGGCCUAG